GUGAUUUCACCCUAAGAAGAAGAAGAAGAUAAUAAGAGUUAAUAAGAUGAAUCAAGCGAAUGUUGAGAAUCUAGUAAAUAAAUUGAGAUACAAUGUCAAGCCACGUCGAAAAUUUGGAAAUUCCGACGGUCCAGAGGGACGACUUCGUAAAUUUCAGAAAACUCUGACGGCAUUGAUUAAAUACGAGCGACUCGAGUUAAAUUAUCGGAGAGCCGACGAGACCAGAGGUUAUGUUGACCAGUUGAUAUUUGAGGCGAUACGUCAUGGACCCGAACAUAAGGAAACAAUGGACUUGGCAAAUUUUUGGAUACUUGAGAAGCAACUGAUGCAUAAACUAUUCAAAGUUCUUGUACCGAGAUAUCAGAAUUAUACCACCUCAUUCACAAAACUUCACAAAGCACCAAACAUAUAUCCUACAAUUCACUAUGAUAGGGCAAUUUUAGAGCUCAGAGGUAAUAUAUAUCCAAGCGUAGAACAGUACAAUCAGUAUGAACAAAAUUUACUUCAUAAUCUAUUGCUCAAUGCAGCAAAAAAAGAAUUUAGGAUGGAAAAAUACAAAGAAAUUGCGGACAAUAUAAAACAAUAGAGAUGAAAGGCAAGGAGAGGAAAAAAAUGU